GGGAAGGGCUGGGCGGGCUCCCUGGAGCCCCAUGAGGGCCGCAUGUGGGGGUGGUGGCUCUGCAGGGAUGGAGGGAGGUCCUGGGCGUGCCAGGGACUCCGGGAGGUGACCGCCUGGUCCUGGCGAUGCGGCCGAGCCUGCUGCUGCCGCUGCUGCUGCUGCUGCUGCUGCCUCUGCCACCAGGCCCCCUGCCUGUCCCCGGCUUGGAGGACCCCGACUUCCCACACCUGGGAGAGAGCUCGCAGCCCCCACCCUGGGCCUGUCCCUGGCGCUGCUCUUGCCCCCAGGCUGAUGUGGUGGACUGCGGGGGGCUGGACCUGCGCGUCUUCCCAGACAACAUCACCAAGGAGGCCCGGUUCCUCUCCCUGCAGAACAACCAGCUCCAGGAGAUCCCCUACAAUGAGCUGUCCCGCCUCAGCGGCCUGCGCACUCUGGACUUACACAACAACCUCAUCUCGUCGGAGGGCCUGCCGGACGAGGCCUUCGAGUCGCUCGGGCAGCUGCAGCACCUCUACGUGGCCCACAACCGGCUGUCGCUGGCCCCGCAGUUCCUGCCCCGCUCGCUCCGCGUAGCCGAUCUGGCCGCCAACCAGGUGACACAGAUCUUCCCGCUCACCUUCGGGGAGAAGCCUGCGCUCAGGUCCGUGUACCUGCACAACAACCAGCUGGGCAACUCCGGCCUCCCGUCCGAUGCCUUCCGAGGCUCCGAGGCCAUCGCCACCCUCAGCCUCUCCAACAACCAGCUCAGCUACCUGCCGCCCAGCCUGCCAGCUGCACUGGAGCGGCUCCACCUCCAGAACAACCUCAUUGCCAAGGUGCCGCGAGGGGCCCUGAGCCGCCAGACCCAGCUCCGAGAGCUGUACCUACAGCACAACCGGCUGACCGACAGCGGCCUGGACGCCACCACCUUCAGCAAACUACAUAGCCUGGAGUACCUGGACCUGUCGCACAACCAGCUGGCCACGGUGCCCGUCGGUCUGCCCGAGACUCUGACCAUCCUGCACCUGGGCCGCAACCGCAUCCGGCAGGUGGAGGCGGCCCGGCUGCGCGGGGCCAGGAGCCUGCGGUACCUGCUGCUUCAGCACAAUGAGCUGGGGGCCACGGGGCUUCCGGCCAGGGCGCUGCGCCCCCUGCGGGCCCUGCACGCGCUGCACCUCUACGGGAACCGGCUGGAACAAGUGCCGGCCGGGCUGCCGCGCCGCCUCGCGGCCCUGCUGAUGCCCCACAACCUCGUUGCGGCACUGGGCGCUCGCGACCUGGCCUCCACGCCGAGCCUGACCGAGCUCAACCUGGCCUACAACCGACUGACCAGUGCCCGCCUGCACCGAAGGGCCUUCCACCGUCUGCCCGCCUUGCGCUGCCUCGACCUGGCAGGCAACCAGCUGACCCGGAUGCCUGCAGGCCUGCCCGGGGUCCUGCGCGCCCUGCGCCUGCAGCGCAACCAGUUGCGGACUCUGGAGCCCGAGUCGCUGGCCGGGUUGGGCCAGCUGCAGGAGCUCGGCCUGGCGCACAACCGGCUCCGCGUUGGCGACAUCUGGCCCGGCACGUGGCACGAGCUGCAGGCCCUCCAGGUGCUGGACCUGAGCCACAACGAGCUGUCCUUCGUGCCCCCCGACCUGCCCGAGUCCCUGGAGGUGCUGCACCUGCAGGGCAACCGCAUCAGCCAUGUGGGCCCCGACGCCUUCCUCAGCACGCCGCGCCUGCGGGCCCUCUACCUCAGGGCCAACCGGCUGCACCUGACCAGCAUCGAGCCCCAGGCCUUCCUGGGCCUCCCGCACUUGCGCGUGGUGGACACAGCUGACAACCCGGAGCAGGUCCUGGUCCACCUGCCGCCCAGUGCCCCGCGUCGCCCUCGGGCAGGGGGCUCCUGAGCCAGCUGAGCAGCUCCAAGCCCGGGCAGAGGGGACAUUGGGAGACUGUCCAGCACUCAUGGGGGCCAGCGCCCUCUCCAGGCUGUGAGUGGACUGGAUUCUGAGGAUCUGAGGCCCGCGGUUGGUUAUCAAGCACCCACCCUCUGAGCUCCUCUACCCCUCCCCCCCCAGCACCCAGGGCUCUCCACCGAGGACUCGGGAUGACACAUGCACAGCCGGACAGCACCCCCACCCACAGCCUCUCCCUGGGCGAGACAGAAACAGGCCGAGCUGA